UUCACUUUUCAAUUUUUGACAUCGCGUCAGCACAACCACCAUGGUGGCCGCGAUCUCCAAGCUCGUGCUUCUCCUCAGUGUCUCUGCGACGACCGUCGUCGGCGACUGCGGCACGGCGCGCCCACCCACGGCCCAUUUCCAAGUGCUCUCGUACAACGACGUGUACGAGAUGAAGGCCGAGAACGACACUGCUCAGUAUGGCGUCCUCGUCGGCGGUCCCUCGCGUGUCAUUCCCAUCGCAAAGAAGCUCCGCCAGAACUUUGAAAACAGUUUGGUCAUCUUUGCGGGCGAUACCAUGUCGCCGUCGCUCUGGUCUGGCCAGUUCAAGGGUCUCCAGAUGAUC